ACCUAUUGGCGACGAUUUCGGGACUGGCUAAGAACUGCGUCCUCCGGAUCACCAAGCAGAGCCUCAACUUUAUAAUCCGGGAGCGAAGUCUGCAGGGUGGAACCGAGGCCUGGUGCGAACUGGAAACGCCUAGUCUCUUUUCGGAAUGCGUGUGUGAUGGCUUGUCGGCCGAACAGGAGGAAAUCCUCCUUGAGGUGGUCCCGGAGCAGAUAUUGCACUGCCUACGAAGUGGCAAUGUCAAUGCCGGCGGUGGUGGCGCCAGUAGCUCUACGGCAUUCGGUUCGCUGGCCUCUACGACCGUCUCCGCUGGUCUGACUUCUGGCAUCGCGAGAGCGACCCCUGGAGGUGUCGGUAGCAGCACCCUAAAUACUGUGGUGCUGGCUAGAAGCCUCAAAAUUAAGUUAGUACGCCGAAAAACUCCCUGUCUGGCCCUGGAACUCGAA